AUGGCGAGUGAAAUGACUUGCGUCAAGAGUAUCUGCGAGAGUAUAUAUAUAUUAAGUGAGAGAAGGAAGAAGGCAGAAAAAAAAAAAAAAAGAAUUCUUUCCAUAGUUUGUCUGCACAUGAUAUUUAGUUGUGCUCUUUUAUCUUCGUUUUUUUUUUUUUUUUUAAAUUCUUGUGGCAGGUCGGAAGUACCGAGAGGGUUUUUUUUUUCAGUGUGUGUUUCUCUGUGUGGGUGCAACGGCGAGGGAAAUUUAUUUUUCAUGUGCUUGAGACGAGUAGGCGUGCGCCCUCCAUUGUUCCUGACGUUGUCGGUUCUGCACAGUGCCGUAUUCACCGUCACACCCAUCGCUGUAGCGCAUGCAAGGCGGGGUGGGGGCAGCGCAUCCCAUGCGGUUACACGGAGCGUACAUCUUCCACGGAGUCAAAGUUACGCAGCAUUUAGACGUCUUCUUUCUAACAUGCAGGAGAACACAUCCCAUGGCAAAGCCUGCGGUGGGGCAGAGGCGGCCAUACCGUUUGAUGAGCCAUUGGCUGCUAACGCCGCAUUAUUGGAACAACUUGGUGUAAUGGACCUUGCAGAGCGGCGUACAAAUCCAUUUGCCACUUUUACCACCCCUACAGACACAAACUCAAUACACACGUCAUUGGCUACCGCCAUCACCGAGGCCUGCAGGGUCGGUGCCGCCUGUCACCUUUCG